GUAGUGGGUGCCUCUACGAACUGAAUGAACUACGUGUCCCAGGAUGCAUCGCGCGGAGACCACACAGUCCCGCAGCUGAUCCCCGUAACUGUUGGGAAAUGGAGUCCAAGCUGUCUCAAAGCGUAAAGUCCCGAGUAACCUUGAGACUCCAUUCCCCAGCAGGCUCAGUGUGUAACGUGCACUAUGGAGCCGCUAGUCGCAGAGCUGAAGCAGAAGAUUGAGGACAAGUUGUGCCCUUUUGGCUUCGAAGUUUACCCCUUCCAGGUGGCAUGGUACAAUGCACUCCUGCCUCCAGCCUUCCACCUGCCCCUGCCAGGACCCACACUGGCCUUCCUGGUACUCAGCACACCUGCCAUGUUUGACCGGGCCCUCAAGCCCUUCCUGCAGAGCCACCAUCUCCAACCACUGACUGACCCUGUGGACCAGUGUGUGGCCUACCACCUGGGCCGAGUUAGAGAGAGCUUCCCAGAGCUGCAGAUAGAAGUCAUCGCUGACUACGAGGUACACCCCAACCGUCGCCCCAAGAUCCUGGCCCAGACAGCAGCCCAUGUAGCAGGGGCUGCUUACUACUACCAACGACAGGACGUGGAGUCUGACCCUUGGGGGACCCAGCACAUAGCAGGUGUAUGCAUACAUCCCAGAUUUGGGGGCUGGUUUGCCAUCCGAGGGGUAGUGCUGCUGCGAGGAAUAGAGGUGCCGAAUCUGCGACCCACAAAGCCCCUUGACUGUGUACCCACAAGAGCUGACCGCAUCACCCUGCUUGAACGCUUCAAUUUCCAUUGGCGUGACUGGACUUACCGGGAUGCUGUGACACCUCAGGAGCGCUAUUCAGAAGAGCAGAAGGUGUACUUUUCCACUCCUCCUGCCCAACGCUUGGCCUUACUGGGCUUGCCCCAGCCCUCAGAGGAGCCUAGCUCUCCAUCCCAAGAGAUUCACUUCACUACACUCUUACCCAAGAAGCCUCAGAAUCCCAGGAGAGGCUGGCUCAGCCCCACAGUUUCCCCACCUACAUCCCCCGGUCCCUGAUACCUUCCCUGCCUGUGGGAUCCUCAUUUAGGGCAUUGGCACCUGUUAGACUUUUACACUACUAUUAAUAUUUUGCCAGGGAAGAAACUUAUUUUGGGUAUAAAAUGAUUAUUUUUGAUUAAGAAUUAUAGUAGAGAUCCUAAAUGAAAUGAAAAUAACAAGGCUCAGGAAAGUUUGGUUAAGACAGAAGACCACCACCACCAACAAAAAGACGACCAAAGUAGAUCCAGACCUCCCACCUGCCUUGGAAUAUGGGAUCGCUACCUGUUACCAUUUCUCUGCAGUGCUUCAAAAUACUACCUGUUGCAGGGCCUAAGGAGGAACUAUCCCCUAAAUAAUAGUACCUGCUUCAGAGGGUUAUCAUGGUGACUGAAUAAAUGUGAAAUUGCUUAGCA